CUCCUCCUCCUCCUCCUCCUCCUCUCCCCCUCCUCCUCCCGCAGACGCGGAUGCUCUCGGGCGGCGGUGGCCGAGGUGCGGGGCGGUGGGGGCAUGGCGGCCCCGGACAGCUGCGUGAAGGUAGCGGUGAGGAUCCGUCCCCAGCUGUCCAAAGAGAAAAUCGAGGGAUGUCACAUCUGCACCUCCGUGACCCCUGGUGAGCCACAAGUGCUGCUGGGGAAGGACAAAGCCUUCACCUAUGACUUUGUCUUUGACUUGGACACGUGGCAGGAGCAGAUCUAUACAACAUGCGUGGGCAAGCUCAUUGAAGGCUGCUUCGAGGGCUACAAUGCCACUGUGCUGGCUUAUGGUCAGACUGGUGCAGGAAAGACAUACACCAUGGGCACUGGCUUUGACAUGAACAUCUCUGAGGAUGAGCAGGGCAUCAUCCCGCGGGCCAUCGGACACCUCUUCAGCGGCAUCGAGGAGCGCAAGCGGGCAGCACAGAGUCAGGGGGUGGCAGCGCCUGAGUUCAAAGUCAGUGCCCAAUUCCUGGAGCUCUACAACGAAGAGAUCCUGGACCUGUUUGACAGCGCCCGUGACCCAGAUGCACGUCACCGCAAAUCCAACAUCAAAAUCCAUGAGGAUGCCAGUGGGAGCAUCUACACCACGGGGGUCACAUCGCGGCUCAUCAGCUCCCAGGACGAGCUCAUCCAGUGCCUGAAACAGGGGGCUCUUUCCCGCACCACUGCCAGCACCCAGAUGAAUGUGCAGAGCUCUCGGUCUCAUGCCAUCUUCACCAUUCAUCUGUGCCAGAUGAGAGUGUGUGCCCGCCCAGAGCUGGUGAAUGGGGAGGUGACUGGCCUGCCAGAUGGAACCCAGCCCACCACUGAGUAUGAGACCCUCACAGCCAAGUUUCACUUUGUGGACCUGGCUGGCUCGGAGAGGCUGAAGAGAACAGGCGCUACUGGCGAGAGAGCGAAGGAAGGCAUCUCCAUCAACUGUGGACUGCUGGCGCUGGGGAAUGUCAUCAGUGCCCUUGGAGACCAGAGCAAGAAAGCUGUGCAUGUGCCCUACCGUGACUCCAAGCUCACCCGCCUGCUGCAGGAUUCCCUCGGUGGCAACAGCCAAACCAUCAUGAUCGCCUGCGUGAGUCCGUCUGACCGUGACUUCAUGGAGACCCUGAACACUCUCAAGUAUGCCAACCGGGCUCGCAACAUCAAGAACAAGGUGGUGGUGAACCAAGACAAGACAAGUCAGCAGAUCAGUGCCCUGAGGGCUGAGAUCGCCCGUCUGCAGAUGGAGCUGAUGGAGUACAAGGCAGGCAAGAGGGUCAUUGGGGAGGAUGGUUCAGAGGGCUACAGCGACCUGUUCCGUGAGAACGCCAUGCUGCAGAAGGAGAACAGCGCCCUGCGCAUGCGGGUGAAAGCCAUGCAGGAGGCCAUCGACUCCAUCAACAACAGGGUCACCCAGCUGAUGAGCCAGGAGGCCAACCUGAUGCUGGCCAAGGCAGGUGAUAGUAACGAGGCCAUCGGUGCUCUCAUCCAGAACUACAUCCGAGAGAUUGAGGAGCUGAGGACAAAGCUCCUGGAGAGUGAAUCCAUGAAUGAGUCCCUGCGUCGCAGCCUCUCGCGCCUCUCUGCCCGUCCCCCCUACUCCAUGGGCUCAUCCCCAGCUCCUGGCCUGGCUGGGCUGGGCAGUCCUGCUGCCCCUGCAGAAACUGAGGCCUCUGAUGUCCUGCGACGUGCCAAGCAGGAUCUGGAGCGGCUGAAAAAGAAAGAGAGGAGGCAGCGGAGGAAAAGCCCAGAGAAGGAAGCAUUUAAGAAGCGGCCAAAGCUGCAGCAGGACAAUGGGGAGGAGACAGAUGAGAACGAAGCAGAAGAGGAGGAGGAAGAGGAACAGGAUGAGAGUGGCUGUGAGGAAGAGGAUGGACGUGAAGAUGAAGAUGAGGACUCGGGGAGUGAAGAAAGCCUGGUGGACUCGGACUCAGAUGCGGAGGAGAAGGCCGUGAAUUUCCAGGCUGACCUUGCAGAUCUGACCUGCGAGAUAGAGAUCAAGCAGAAGCUGAUCGAUGAGCUGGAGAACAGCCAGCGGCGUCUGCAAACACUGAAGCACCAGUAUGAGGAGAAGCUUAUCCUGCUGCAAAACAAGAUCCGGGACACACAGCUGGAGCGGGACCGGGUCCUGCAGAACCUCAGCACCAUGGAGUGCUACACAGAGGAAAAAGCCAACAAGAUCAAAGCAGACUAUGAGAAACGGCUGAAGGAGAUGAACAGGGACUUGCAGAAGCUGCAGGCUGCCCAGAAGGAGCACGCUCGCCUGCUGAAGAACCAGUCCCGUUAUGAGCGGGAGCUGAGGAAGCUGCAGGCAGAGGUGGCUGAGAUGAAGAAAGCAAAGGUCGCGCUGAUGAAGCAGAUGCGGGAGGAGCAGCAGCGGAGACGACUGGCAGAGACAAAGAGGAAUAGGGAGAUAGCACAGCUCAAAAAGGAGCAGCGCCGGCAGGAGUUUCAGAUCCGGGCUCUGGAGUCUCAGAAGCGGCAGCAGGAAAUUGUGCUGCGGAGGAAAACCCAGGAGGUCUCAGCUCUGCGCCGUCUCGCCAAGCCCAUGUCAGACCGAGCUGCAGGCAGGAUGAGCCAGAAGCCAGCCAUGCUGGACUCUGGUGCAGAGGUCUCAGCCAGCACCACCUCCUCUGAGCCAGAGUCUGGCGCUCGCUCUGUCUCCAGCAUCGUGCGCCAGUGGAACAGGAAAAUCAACAACUUCCUGGGAGACCCUUCACCUUCUGUCAAUGGGGCUCGGCCAGUCAGGAAGAAGUUCCCCAAGAAGGGGUCGAGUCAGACCUUCAGUAAAGCUGCCCGCCUCAAGUGGCAGUCGCUGGAACGGCGCAUCUUUGACAUCGUGAUGCAGAGGAUGACCAUCAUCAACCUGGAGGCUGACAUGGAGAGACUCAUCAAGAAACGAGAGGAGCUGGCACUGCUUCAGGAGGCCCUGCUGGGCAAGAGGGCGAAACUGCAGGCAGAGGGCCCUAAGGAACAGAAGGGGCUGCAGGAGCUGAACGAGGAAAUUGAGGUGCUGGGGGCCAACAUCGACUACAUCAAUGACAGCAUCUCCGACUGCCAGGCUACCAUCAUGCAGAUUGAGGAGACCAAGGAGGAGCUGGACUCCACGGACACCUCAGUGGUGAUCAGCUCCUGCUCCCUGGCUGAAGCCCGGCUGCUGCUGGACAACUUCCUGAAGGCAUCCAUUGACAAGGGCCUGCAGGUCGCACAGAAGGAGGCCCAGAUCCGCCUCCUGGAGGGUCGCCUGAAGCAGACAGAUGUGACUGGCUCCUCGCAGAACCACCUCAUCCUGGAUGCCCUGCGGGAGAAGGCUGAAUCACACCCUGAGCUCCAGGCACUGAUCCACAAUGUCCAGCAAGGUGGGACAGAGCCCAAACCAACCUCCCAUACACUGGAGAACGGCUACACAAGCACAGAUGAGGAGGUCUCUGAAUUCAGCUUGGCCUCGGAUGGCAGCAUCUCCCAGUCUUUCAGCAUGAAGGGCUCAGCGAGCCAGGAUGAUUUCAAGUUCAAGGGAGAGCCCAAGCUCUCGGGGCAGAUGAAGGCAGUGUCAGCUGAAUGUCUAGGACCCACGCUGGACAUCUCCACCAAGAACAUCACCAAGUCCUUGGCAUCCCUUAUGGAGAUCAAAGAGGAUGGGAUCAGCUUCUCAAUCCGAGACCCCUAUUACAAGGAGAAGGUGUCACGCACCGUCAGCCUGCCCACACGAGGAAGCACUUUUCCCAGACAAUCUCGUGUCUCAGACACAUCGCCUCUCACAAGGAGGAAAUCCUAUGACCGUGGGCAACCUGCAAGGCCUCCAGAUGUUGGCUUCACUCCUCCCUCAUCCCCUCCCACGCGCCCACGCAACGACCGCAAUGUCUUCUCUCGUCUCACGAGCAACCAGAGCCAGGGUUCUGCCUUGGACAAGUCUGAUGACAGCGAUUCCUCUGUCUCGGAGGUGCUGAGGGGCAUCAUUAAUCCAGUGGGUGGCACCAAGAAUGCCCGGACAGCCCCACUGCAGUGCGUCUCUGUGGCAGAAGGACACACCAAGCCUGUGCUCUGCCUGGAUGCCACCGAUGAACUGCUUUUCACUGCCUAAAAAGGUAUAUGU